CCUAGGGAUGUCCUCCACUGCCAUGAGAAGAAUAGCUGUCCCUCAUUCAUCACCACCAAGCCGACUUCUGCCCACCGUAGUGCGAUUACUUCUACCCCACAAUAUCCCUUGAUUGGCCGCAUAUAAACGACCACCCAUAUGCCCACACGACAGCUUCUGGCGACAGCUGCGUUCUCCGUCUCUAUUCUCGUCCUGUCUAUGCUCUUUCGACCAUUCACCAGCAGAUUGAUAUCUACGACGAUCAUGUCGACGCCCAACAAACACGUCAUAAUUGUGGGAGCAGGGUUGGCAGGGCUCUCAGCAGCGUCUGAGCUCGUCUCACGAAAUGUGCCCGUGGUCAUCCUGGAACGCCAGCAGAAACCUGGAGGUAACUCGAUCAAAGCGUCGAGUGGUAUCAAUGGUGUACCGACACGCUUCCAAGUCAACUCCUCAGAUUCGGUGGAAAGCUUCUACAAUGACACCGUCAGGUCCGUCAGCCCCGGUGUUAUGAAGACCAUGACAGAGGCUCGACAGGGGCUGAUAACUGUCUUGACGGAAUCCUCUGCACCGGCAAUCUCCUGGCUUGUUGAUGACAAGGGGAUUGACUUGUCUCGGGUAGCCGAGCUGGGCGGACACAGUCAUCCCAGAACGCAUCGCGGAGCAGGACAAACACCACCUGGGGCGAGCAUUGUCACGACAUUGUUAAAGCAGUUACAGACCACCAGUCUAGCCAAGAUCGAGACGAACUCGGCCGUUACCAAGAUUCUGAAAGUGAAGGACGAGGUCGUUGGAGUCGUGGUUUCUCACGAGGGCAAGACGGAAAAGCUGGAAGGCCCAGUGAUAUUCGCCAGUGGCGGAUUUGCUGGUGACUCUACUGGUCUUCUCGCACGACAUCGGCCUGAUCUGCAUGGCUUUCCUUCGACGAAUGAGGCACUUCCUAGCAGUUCGGAUCUCUUGACUGAAGUUGGUGCUCAAUUGCUGGACAUGGAUCAGGUCCAAGUGCAUCCGACAGGAUUUGUCGACCCCAAAGAACCGUUUAAGGUAACAAAGUUUCUGGCUGCAGAGGUGCUGAGAGGAGAAGGAGGUAUUCUGCUGAGGCACGGGGCCAGAUUCAUUGAUGAAAUGCAGACACGGAAAGUGGUCACUGAUGCGAUAAUGGCCGAAGCACCGAACACCACAGAACCGAUCAAACAGUGGGACAUCCUGCUCUUGCUGGACGAGAAGACGUAUGAAGCAACGAAAUCUCACGUCGACUUCUACCUCUGGAAAGGCUUGAUGCAGAAGACGACGAUCUCGGAGUUGAAGAAUUCGGACACGGCUCUCAAGAGUGUUCAGGAGUACUGUGAUAUCGUGCAAGGCAAGAAGCCUGAUCAUCUCGGAAAGACUUACUUUGGAAAUUGGACUUUGCAGGAUCCCAAGCCCGACACCGUCAUGUAUGUUGGUCAUGUCACUCCUGUCGUGCAUUACACCAUGGGUGGUGCCCUGUUCAGUCCUGAGGCUGAGGUACUGGAUUCAAGCGGGCGAGCGAUCAACGGACUUUGGGCCGCCGGUGAGGUUACAGGGGGCAUUCAUGGCGCGAACCGACUGGGAGGAAGUAGUCUGCUCGAAUGUGUGGUUUUCGGGCGCAUAGCUGGUCGAAAGGCUGCAGAGUUUGUGCAGACAAAGAGCAAGUAGAUAAGUUAAGCAACAGAGAGCAAGGUAGUAGGAUAGUUGAGCUAGGGUCGAGGCGGGCUUGAGUAGAGGAUGUCGUACAACUCUCAUGCGGCCAGCCGUCGGCCGAAGAUGGAAUGGCGAAAUGGUUCGACACUGUGUAAGGAUACGCACCACAAGCAUAUGCCUCACGAAAAUGGCGAUACACCUCCUGAUGCCCAACCCGCUGGUGAAUGGAGAAGGUGCGACUAUCACCAUGACCAUGUACGUGCACAAAUCUUCGCUCACUGAAUGCUUCACUACAUGUUCAAUGCCUCAAGACAGCCACGAUCACGCUCAAAAUUCCC